CCCCCCCAAAUUCAAUAAACAAUCACUCUUCGAUCGAAUUUAUUCAUCCAUCCCCUGGGAUCUUCUUUAGCUCUGGAAUUUCUGAUUUUCCUUCAGCCUGCUUAGGGUUUUCCGUCGGACACUUUUCUUUUCAACAACUCCUCUGAUUAGGGUUUUGGAUGCAAGCCGACUCUGGUUGUCCAUAUAAACUAUGUUAGGUCUGAAUUGCAACGCCUUUGCUACUACCAGCUGUUUCUUUCAUCGGGCUGAAUGGCAUCCGUUGGAAUAGCAUACUGGACUUGGGCUUGCUGCCCUUCAUCCCGUUGUAAAUCAGGAUAGGGUUGUUUGGUUGCGGAUAGUUUCAAUAACUACUUCAAAGUUGAGGUUCUUAAAAUCUCAUGUACAAUAAAAGUUUCUCUUUUUCCAAAAUGAUGGGCUGUUGUGGUUGCUUUGGGUUUACCAAAAAGCCUAAAAGGGUGCUGAGACCUGCUUCUGGCUUCAACCGCCUUUCUGAGGAUUUUUUGUUGGGUGAAGACGUGGAAGAUGAAGAAAGCUGCUCGUCUCAUGAUGAUACUGCCAGUACUACACAUGAAGAAGAAACCGAAUCACAUAGCCGUGUCAAAAAUUCAGAAGAGAUUUUGCAGCAUAGAACACAAAAUGGUUUGAUUUGCCGGCAAUUUCCUGUCAAAGAGACAAACAGAGUUGUUCGCUCAGAGGAUGAGAACGGAAACAAGAUGGUCAAUGAAUAUGUUCGUGAGUAUAAGAUUGGUGCUGGUAGUUAUGGGAAAGUGGUUCUAUAUCGAAGCUAUAUUGAUGGAAAAUACUACGCAAUUAAGGCAUUUCACAAGUCUCAUUUGUCAAAGCUGCGAGUUGCUCCCUCUGAGACAGCUAUGACUGAUGUUCUUCGUGAGGUUUUAAUCAUGAAAAUGUUGCAACAUCCAAACAUAGUAAAUCUUAUUGAAGUGAUAGACGAUCCGGAUGAUGAUCGCUUUUACAUGGUUCUUGAAUACGUGGAAGGCAAAUGGGCUUGUGAGGGUUCUGAUCCACCAUGUGGUCUAGAUGAAAAUAUUGCUCGGAAGUACUUACGUGAUAUUGUCUCAGGACUGAUGUAUCUCCAUGCUCAUCAGAAUAUAGUGCAUGGUGAUAUUAAACCCGAUAAUUUGUUGAUAACUCGCGAUGGUACAGUGAAGAUAGGGGACUUCAGCGUUAGCCAGGUUUUUGAGGAUGAAAAUGAUGAGCUUCGCCGUUCUCCUGGGACUCCUGUUUUUACUGCACCAGAAUGCUGUUUAGGUAUAACUUAUCAUGGCAAAACCGCCGACACAUGGGCAGUUGGGGUGACCUUGUACUGUAUGAUACUCGGUCGUUACCCGUUUCUUGGAGAGACACUGCAAGAUACCUAUGAUAAAAUUGUCAAUAAUCCAUUGUUGCUGCCUGAUGAUAUGAAUCCCCAGUUGAGAGAUUUAUUGGAAGGGAUUCUAUGUAAAGAUCCGAGCCAGAGGAUGACACUGGACGACAUAGCAAAACACAGCUGGGUGAUUGGAGACGAAGGCCCAAUCCCACAAUAUCUAUGCUGGUGCAAGCGCAGUAGUUUUGUGGGGGAAGAGCAGUCAAACCUGCAACGAGAAGAAAGUGGGAGUAAACAGAAUGAUUUUGACAUGCCUCCUAAUUUGUCUGUGUAGUCUGGAGAUUCGUGUGUGUAAAUUUGAAAGGUAGAUGGGUUAGCUCCUCCCUCCCUCCCUCCAUCUCCCUUUAUAUAUAGUUCUUUUUUGACCAUUUUAUGCAGUUUUCAUCUUUUGUGUUGGUCUGUGUUGGAGGUUAAACAUGGAGUGCAAUUCUUUUAUGGCCCGAGAAAUUAUGGGGUUUUCAAGACUUCAACUCUUGUGUUUA